AUGAAACUGAAAGAGAUCAACCGCACGGCCAUCCAGAGCUGGAGUCCAGCACAACAGCACCCUAUCUACCUGGCAACAGGCACGUCAGCACAGCAGCUGGAUGCUUCCUUCAGCACCAACGCGUCCCUGGAGCUCUUCGAGCUGGACUUGUCCGACCCGUCUCUUGAUAUGACGUCCUGCGGCAGCUUAUCUUCGUCUCACAGGUACCACAAGCUGGUCUGGGGUCCCUGCGGAGCGGAGGCCACGGGUCACCCAGCCGGGUUGAUCAUCGCCGGGGGCGAGAACGGCAAUGUCAUCCUGUACGACGCCGCCAAGAUCAUCGCCGGCGAGAGCGAAGCGGUAGUGGCCGAGAGUGACCGGCACACGGGCCCCGUGAGAGGACUGGACGUCAAUCCUUUCCAGCCCAACCUAUUUGCGUCUGGUGGGAACGAGUCUGAAAUCUACAUCUGGGAUAUUAACAACUUUGAGUCACCUAUGACACCAGGACCUAAAACACAGCCAGUGGAGGACAUCGGGUGCUUGUCAUGGAACCGGCAAGUCCAGCACAUCCUGGCUUCGGCCAGCCCGAGCGGUCGCGCGUCUGUGUGGGACCUCCGCAAGAAUGACCUCAUUAUUAAAGUCAGCGACCACAGCAACAGAAUGCAUUGUUCCGGGUUGGCGUGGAACCCAGAGGUGGCCACCCAGCUGGUUCUGGCUUCUGAGGACGACCGCAUGCCCGUCAUCCAGAUGUGGGAUUUACGAUUUGCUACUUCCCCUCUCAAGAUUCUGGAGAAUCAUACAAGAGGCAUCCUCUCCAUCACUUGGAGCGCAGCCGAUCCCGAGCUGCUCCUCAGCUCUGGCAAGGACAGUAGGAUCCUGUGCUGGAACCCCAACACGGGCGAGGUGCUUUAUGAGCUGCCUUCCGGUAGCCAGUGGUGCUUUGACGUGCAGUGGUGUCCCAGGAACCCGGCGGUGCUGUCGGCCGCCUGCUUUGAUGGACACAUUGACGUCUACUCCAUUAUGGGUGGCAGUAGCCAGGCGCAAAGCCAGAGGCGUGCUGACCAGAUCAGCAACUCCUUCGGCAACAUGGAUCCUUUUGGGACAGGACAAACGUUACCUCCACUGCAACUACCUCAGACAACAGCCCCCUCUGCUAGCGUUAACCCCCUCAAGAAGCCCCCUAAGUGGAUCCGCAGGCCGGUCGGGGCGUCAUUUGCCUUCGGCGGGAAGCUGGUGUGUCUGGAGAACGGUCCGGCAAACGGACAGCAACCCGGCGGCCCCCGUUUGGUUCACGUUAGCCAGGUGGUGACGGAGACCACCUUCUUGACGAGGUCGGAGCAGCUCCAGGCCACGUUGAGCGCUGGAACCUUCCAGGAAUUCUGCCAGGAGAAGAUCCAAGCUUCUCAGGAUCAGUUUGAAAAAACUGUCUGGUCUUUCCUUAAGGCAAACUUUGAAACAGACAUCCGCAGUCAAUUCUUGGAGCUUCUCGGCUACAACAAAGAGGAGCUCAGUGCCAAGAUAUCUGCCACGCUGGCGGGGAAGCCUUCCGUCGCUCCAACACAAGUGCUGGAAAAUCCAGAGGAGGUGUUCGACAUGAUCGCCACCGCCAACCAGGAGGCCACAGUAGAUGAGGCGGAUCAGACCGAGGAAACUCAGGUUGAGGAAGAGGACGGGAUCGCCCUGGAAGAGGAGGUACCGCUAGAUGAAGAAGAGGAAGAGGAGGAGCCCAAGACCACCACCACGAUGGAGGAGCCUCAUGAAGCUCCUGCAGAGGGAGUCGACCUCAACAUCAGUAAAGACGUAGAUGGCCUUAUCACACAUGCCCUGCUGACGGGUGACUUCGAGGCGGCCGUGGAGCUCUGUCUCCAUGACGACCGCAUGGCGGACAGCAUCAUCCUGGCCAUCGCUGGUGGUGCCGAGCUACUGGAGAAGACCCAGAGGAAAUAUUUCCUCAAGACGCAUGGCAAGAUCACGAAACUUAUCAGCGCCGUGGUGACCAAAGACUGGCGCGACGUCCUGACCACGUGUGACCUGCGCAGCUGGAGAGAGGCGUUGGCGGCCGUCAUGACCUACGCCAAGCCUGACGAAUUCUCUACACUCUGCGACCUCUUAGGCGCCCGUCUAGAAGCAUCGGACGAGGCCGAUCUGCGAGCUCAAGCCUGUUUGUGUUACAUCUGCGCCGGCAACGUGGACAAACUGGUGGCGUGCUGCAAUGCCGCUGGACAGAGACACUGUCCGCUAUCCCUACAGGACCUGGUGGAGAAAGUUGUGGUACUCCGGCGCGCCGUGGAGCAGACACAGCGCUCGCUUCCCAACGCUAACUUCGGCGUCCUGCUAGCAGAAGAAAUGGGUCGCUACGCUGGCCUUCUGGCCUCGCAGGGCAGCCUGUCCACAGCCAUCAGCUACUUGCCAGACAGCAGUGGACAGGUGGUUGUACAGCAACUCCGUGAACGCCUGAGUCGGGCUUUGGGUCAGCAGGCAGGUCCGGUUCAGACCCCUAGACCUCAACACGCCACACCUCAGCCUCUCCAUACUUUCACCCCGGCCCAAGCUACUGUUCCUGUCGCGGCGCCUGUACCCGCCUCCAUUCCGGCCCAACAGCAGUAUUUCCAACCUGUAAGGUCCGCUUCCACUGUCACUUCGUGGAGUAACCAGACGCCGACAGCCCUCCCCAACGUCCCACCUCCCAUUCAAACAGGCCCUACUUCUGAGCAACAGCAGUCCCAUCAGACAGAACCACCAAAACCCACGUAUGGGAUGCCGCCAACUGGCUCGGCCCCGCCAGCCUCCGCCGCCCCUGCUUACAUGUACUCCCAGCAAUACCAACCUCACUCUCAGGUCCAGCACUUCCCACCUGGAGUCUAUCAACCUCUUCACUACUCUGAGCCCCCUUACCCACCUCAGCCACCCGGCUUCCUGAACCAUUGCCUGCCUUCCUCUUCUUCUUCCUCCCUUCCUCCAUUCUCUCCCACCUCCUCCUCUUCUGGAGCAUCUUUCCAGCAUGACGUGCCGGGCUCCCCUGGGUCCUACGUGCCGCUUACUCCAACUGGAGGAGUCUCAGGUACAAAGUUCAUUUGGAUCAACAAUGAUUUGAUAACAAUAUGGUGCGAUGUAUCCCAAAAUUGUUUUGUUUUGUGUACAGGUCCUCAGAAUGGUUGGAAUGACCCACCGGCCCUGAGCAGAACAUCUAAGAAGAAGAUUCCAGAGAACUACACCCCACCAGCCCCCAUCACAGCUCCCAUCAUGGCUCCUCUGGGAGCAGACCCUCACGUCAUGCCAACACCCUCAGGAGUGCCGCAGGGCUCCAUCCCAGGGGUCCAGCAGAUCCUACCACAGACUCUUAACCCAAGCGUACCUGCCGAGGGAGCACCCGGCGGGCCAACGGGUGAUUGCGUUCAGUCAAUCCCCGCUGAGAAGAUCACCAAAAAACCCAUCCCAGAGGAACACCUGAUCUUGAAGACCACCUUCGAGGGUCUGGUCCAGAAGUGCUUGGCCGUCGCUACCGACCCGCAAACUCGGAGAAAACUGGACGAUGCCAACAAGCGUCUGGAGGCGCUCUACGACAAACUGCGUGAGGAGACGCUUUCUCCCGCCAUCGUGGGCGGUCUGCACGAAAUGGCCCGCAGCAUUGAGGCGCGGGCCUACGCCGAGGGUCUGGGCAUCCAUACGCACAUCGUUAGCAGCAGCAACUUCAGCGAGACAUCGGCAUUCAUGCCCGUUCUCAAGGUGGUGCUGACGCAGGCCAACAAGAUGGGCGUGUGA